AUGGCUUCCUCUAGACUCCUUUCUCCUUCUCCUUCUCCUAAUCCUAUUGAUGUUGAAAAGAUCGACACUACAUGGUACGAUGGACGUGCCACUUUCUAUGGUGACUUUAGAGGUGGUGAAACUAUGAAAGGAGCUUGUGGAUAUGGCAAUCUAUUCCAGCAAGGUUAUGGGCUAGCAACAGCAGCACUAAGCACAGCAUUGUUCAACGAUGGUGGAGCUUGUGGAGCAUGUUUUGAGAUAAUGUGUGUGAACAACGAACACAAUUGGUGCAUACCAAAUGCAGGCACAAUCAAAAUAACAGCCACAAACUUCUGUCCUCCAGACUACACAAAAACACAAGACAUUUGGUGCAAUCCACCACAACGCCAUUUUGAUCUAUCUCUCUACAUGUUCACCAAAAUGGCCCCUUAUAGGGCUGGGGUCAUCCCAGUUCGUUACCGUAGAACACGUUGCCAUAAACUAGGAGGUAUACGGUUCGAGUUGAAAGGGAACCCGUAUUGGCUUCUUGUUUUGCCCUACAAUGUUGGUGGUGCUGGUGAUGUUAUUGAUGUUCAGAUUAAAGGCUCUUCUACUGGGUGGCUUCAAAUGAAAAGGAAUUGGGGCCAAAAUUGGGAAGUUGGUAGCUAUUUGGUGGGGCAGAGUUUGUCUUUUAGAGUUACUACUAGUGAUUGGAAGACUAAAGAGUUUGAUAAUGUUGUGCCUAGCUCUUGGGAGUUUGGGCAGAACUUUGUAGGAAAAUAUAAUUUCUAA